UAGUGUUUGGUAAAGAAAAAUAAUAGCAAUUUACCAUUUCUCUAUUUUACGUGUUUAAUUUUUGUGAGUUCCGGCAGUGAAAUUGGCUGUUAUUUCGUUUAUAUAUUGAGUAUUUGAGCACUAGAUCCAAAUGUCGGAAGUGGAAGACAAUUCGAUUCCUCACUCAGUAGCAAAAAAACAAAGAAAAAGUAACCGUAGAAGGGGACGCACAUCACAAAGAAAACGUGGAGGACGAAGUCAAAACUCAGAUCUAGACGAUGAUGACGACUUGGAUCUUGAACUGGCAUUUAGCUCUCUUCCAUCCUUCAGUCUUGAUCUUAAACUUACAACGGAUAAGUUUGAAAAUUUGUUUGUUCAAGAGAUGCAAGGAAAGGAUUUUACCAUGGGAUAUGUUCAAAAGAAUGGUUUCAGUACCCCUUUAUUAUUUAAAGAUAAGUCAGGGCUGGAUAUGAAAGUUCCAAAAUCUGAUUUUUCUGUUGGAGAUGUUAGACAGUGUGUUGGUUCAAGAAGAAUGGUGGAUGUAAUGGAAGUUGCUACUCAAAGGAAUUUGGAAAUGACUAUGAAAGAAUGGCAGCAGUACUAUGAAAGCCCCAAUAAAGAUCGCUUAUUGAAUGUCAUUAGCCUAGAGUUUUCCCACACAAAGCUCGAACACAUGGUCCAUCCUCCUUCAACAGUUAGUCUUCUUGACUGGGUUGAGGUCAUGUGGCCUCGGGCUUUGAGAAUGCUUCAAAAAGAAUCGACUAACUCAAUGGACGAUAUGUGGUAUCCCAAAGUUCAGAAAUAUUGUUUGAUGAGCGUCGCUGGGUGUUACACAGAUUUUCAUAUUGACUUUGGUGGCACUUCAGUCUGGUACCACAUUAUCAGGGGUUCUAAGGUUUUCUGGUUGAUACCUCCGACGGAACGUAAUCUACAGUUGUACGAACAAUGGACUUUAUCCGGCAAGCAGAGCGACAUUUUUUUUGGUGAUCUGGUCGAGAAAUGUGGUCGUGUACAUUUGGUGGCUGGCUACACUUUCCUCAUUCCCUCAGGCUGGAUUCAUGCAGUUUACACACCAUCAGAUUCUCUCGUAUUCGGUGGCAAUUUCCUUCAUAGCUUUGCCAUUGAAAAUCAAUUACGGAUAGCGCAAUUGGAAGACAGCACUCGCGUACCUGCUAAAUUUCGUUUCCCUUUUUAUACGGAGAUGCUUUGGUAUGUACUCGAAAGAUACGUCUACACUUUAUUGGGGAAAGACCACCUGGAUUUUUCUCAACUUCAACCAGGACAGACGAAUAUCGAAAAAGUCACACCAAGUCAACCGCAACACGUCCACUUAACAGCCAGUGAAUUACAUGGCCUUCGAGCGAUUGUGCUCUAUUUACAUUCACUAGCUCCAACACGCAAGAACGUUCCUGAUUUGCUUGUAAACCCCGUUGCCCUAAUCCAAGACGUCCGGACUUUAGUUGAACAGCAUAGAAAAGAUCAAACCCACUUAGCCAUAACAGGGGUUCCUGUUGUAAGGGUUGCACAACCAGCCAACUCUAAAAGCAAGAAACCUCUUCCUACUUCAUUCAACACCACACCUAUUAAAGUCGAACACAGUGUUUCUUCAACUUCACGUUCAUCAGUUCUCCAAACCACACCUAGCUGUUCAAGUUCGCAAGUUUCCGUUAUUGUGAAAAGAGAACUUGUUGAAAACAAGGUUGAACAAGUAAUUCCUAAGAACGAUGUGUUGUCACCAAUCAUUAUCAAGAAAGAGGAGCCGACAGAGGAAUCAAAUGAACCCUAUGAGGCACUUGUGUCAGAAACAAAGUUCUCUCCACAUAAAAUGGAAUCCCCCUUCCCUCACCUGCGGGAUCAACUCAGGCAACAACAACAAUUGGAGAUGGCUAAAAAAGUGCGGCAGCCUGUCGUUGCGUUAGCGCGACCAUCUACCAUUAGCCACAUUGAUUCAAAAACACAGAGGAGAAAAGCUUCCGGAAUUUUGCUAGGCCAACUGUCGGAUAAGCUAGAACUGAUUCUGCGACCUGAAUUACUCAUACCAGUAUUUCAAUACCUGUCGAUUGGUGAACUACUGGUUUGCAUGCGGGUUUGCCGAUCAUGGAAUCGAUAUUCUAUCGAUCCUUCACUAUGGAAGUUAAUGGAUCUCUCACACCGGCAGCUAACUCCUAUCGUGUUGGCCGGAAUAAUCCGCCGCCAGCCUAGGUGUUUGGUGAUGGAUUGGUCCUCCUUUUCACAUCAACAAUGUGCAUGGCUAAUGGAUCGUUUGCCUCACCUCACAACACUCAGCAUUCAAGGAUGUAACGCAAGCGUCCUUGCUGCUUUAAAACUUCCGUCAGUGUCGCCAACUGCUUUCAACCGAGCUCUUCAGCCUAAAUUGACAGUUCUCGAUCUCAGCUGGGUAUCUGGCUUGAAUGAUAUUUUGAUUGAGAAAACUAUCUUACCUGCAUCCGCGCAUCGACUGUCUAAUUUAAAGCAGUUGGCUUUGGCUGGAAGUCAACUAACUGAUCAAUCUUUAGUGGCAGUUGCUUCCUCGUUCCCUGCCCUAGACAAUUUGUGUUUAGCAUAUUGUUUACAAUUUACUUCACAUGGAUUACGCGCAAUGUUGUUGACGAAUAAUGGACAAUUGAGUCGCAUUGAUUUAAUGGGCUGUACGCAAUUGUUAUCGUUUGACUAUCCAACACUUCAAAAGGAACUUUGUUCGAAUAAUCCAAGGCUUUGUUUACCUGACGACAUCACUAGCGACUCCCAGCCUAUUCACCGCUGUUUUCGCUUAAGUUUACCUACUUUACAUAAUUAGCUUAUGAGAACACCCUCGCAUGUUUAAUGAUGAGACGUUUUAAAACUUUUGUAUGUUGUAGAGACGACGAAUAAAUAUUACCCUUGUAUGACCA